AAGAGUAAGAGCAUUAUCAUUCCAACUGUUAUAAAAGAAGGAUGUCGAUGCUUAUUCAAAUGAUUCGUGGUAAAAAUUUCAAAGAAACGUUUAAACCAGAAUCUAACAAUGGGGAAUACGAUUAGACGUGAAGGGAAUCUUGAAAGUGAAUAUUAUUUCAACAGUCUUCCAGAAGUACGUAGUUAUCGGUCGUUGUUGGAAUUUGGUGGUGAGAAGACACAAUUUAUUGAUAGAAACAAUAACGAACAGACAGUGAAAAUUGAUUGGAAUAGUGGCUUGAUUAAAAUGGUGCACGAUAAUGUUAUGAGCAAAAAUUUAAUUUUUAACGGACCAUUCGGAAGGCGAAGAUCCGUGUACAUGGACAAUACCGCUUCUGGUCAGCCCUUAAAAUGCAUUGAAGAUUUUAUUCAAGAUCAUGUUUUACCAUUUUACGGAAAUACUCACACAAGUGGCACGAUAUCCUCAUCACAAAUAACGUCUUAUCGUGAGGAAGCCAGAGAUAUGAUUCGUGAAUGUGUAGGCGCAAGAGAUCAUGCUGAUGUGGUAAUAUUUUGUGGAUCAGGAGCCACCAGAGCCGUUCACAAAUUAGUGAAUGUAUUGUCAUUAAAUAAUCAGCAACUUGUUGUAUUUGUUGGUCCGUACGAGCAUCAUUCUAACAUUUUACCUUGGAAGGAAAAAAAUGCAAAGGUGAUUUUCGUUCCAGAGACGAGCACUGGCUUAUUUGAUUAUGAGUUUUUAGAAAAACAAUUAAAAGUGGAAGCAAUGAAGGCAAGGAAGAAGAAGCGCUUGUUGAUUGGUUCUUUUUCGGUUGCUUCUAAUGUAACCGGAAUUACGGUCGAUGAUAUCAAAAUAACCGAACUACUACACAAAUACCAGGCAUUAUCAUUUUGGGAUUACUCAUCAGCAGCAUCUCACGUUAAAAUAUUUAUGAACCCUGGCGAGAGUGGACUGACUCAUAAAGAUGCAAUCUUUUUUUCGGGACAUAAAUUUGUUGGAGGUCCACAGACGCCCGGUGUUCUUGUGGCGAAACGAUUUAUUUUUGAAAAUAAAAAAGCCAGUGACGGUGGAGGUGGUGGUACGGUUUUCUUCGUUACGAAAGAUGAUCACUUAUAUUUGAAGGACAUUGAGGCUCGAGAGGAAGCUGGAACACCUGCAAUUGUUGAGUCGAUUCGAUUGGGGUUGGCAUUCAAUCUAAGGAGUUCAAUCGGAGCAGAAAGUAUUUUAGCUAUCGAGAAAUCAUACCUUAAAAUGGCUAUUGAAAGAUGGACGAAUAUACCCGAAAUCAAAAUACUUGGAAACAAUAAUUAUCCACGAACGUCCACUAUUUCAUUUCUUAUUCAACAGCUGGAUAUUGGUUUGUAUCUACAUCACAACUUUGUCAUUGCUUUAUUGAAUGACUUGUUUGGCAUACAAUCAAGAGGGGGUUGCGGAUGUGCAGGACCUUACAGUCAAUCGUUACUCGGAAUUGACUCAAAUCUGGCUCAUAAAUACAAAGAUCUAUUAUUGGAUGCCGAUCACAAGUAUUGUAAUGAUUCACAGCAUUGCAGCAGCGCCGAGUCACCAUGUGAAAUAUUUAAACCUGGAUUCGUUCGUGUGUCAUUGUCUUUUUGCUCGUCUAAGAAGGAUGUUGAGUAUGUCAUUGAAGCUGUAGAAUUCAUUGCACGGAAGGGUUUCAUGCUUUUGCCAUAUUACAAGUGUAAUAUAACGACUGGUGCAUUUUAUGCAAUAAAUGCGAUACAACAUCGAAAUCUAUUGAAAUCGGUUUUCUUCGAUUCACAAGGCUUGAACUUUAAGAAAGAGACUGAUAAUUGUAUUGAUAAUGCUGACUCUCGGAUAUGUCCAAAUUAUGAGCAAUGUCUUCAUGAUGCAGAAAAUAUUGUCAAAGAUAUGCGAGACUCGUGCAACAAGGUAUUCCUCGAAGAAUCGUUAGUAGAGCUCAACUCACCGUUGAGAUGGUUUGUGCAUCAAAAAGAAGCAUUGGAUUUACUUCAAGGGAUUUCCUUGGUCAAAAGAUCUCCUCCAUUCUUUGUGGUUAAUUACAGUUCAGAGACCAAUGAUGAUCUGAGUUCAGCAACACCGAAUUCUUUGCUUCAUCAAUUAAGGCAAGGAUGAUAAGCAUUUAGAAUCAAGCUCUCUUCCGAUAUUUAUUGUCUUUUAUUAGUUAAGGAAUUUGUAAGUUAUUUGGAUUAUGAAAAAUCUUAAGGUUUUUUGCAGAAAAUUAUUGCAAAUGUGAUGUUUCGUGUGGAAUAAAAGUUUACUGAUG